CGGGAACAGAUCGCGAUCUGUCGCUAGGGGAGCCGAGUAGAAUCGGGGCACCUGGGUGCGCGCCCCAGGUAGCACCGACGGCUCUGCUUUGCGGUAAAAAUGGCCCUUGGCCCUUAAGAUAAAACGCAGGGUACGCCUGACCCAGUGGGUCCAGAAGGAUGUCCUCUUGCGCUCUCAAAAAGGCUUUGACACUGGAGAGAAGUCAGCAGCCCCUGUAUGGACAACUCUUGCCGUCUUUACAUUACCUUGUAGAGUCAUCAGCUGUCCCUACGAAGGGCACUUGAGACAGCUCCGAUCCCGGGGUAGAAGAAUGGCCAGAUGCAGCAGUCAGUCUGCUUUUAAGUAGCUUGUCCUCGAUAUUUGUGCCCCUGAAUCCUGUCAUCCAGCCUGUUGCGCUUUUUGCAAACGUGAAUGUAACGCUCUUCCCGAUUGGUUUUGCGCUUCGGGUUUCCUCUGAAGAUGGUCCUUAGCCUCCUGCUCAGCCAUCUUUGCUCCCUUCCUUGGCCACUGAGUUUUGGUUUGCAUCGUAUCCUAUUGAGGACCAUCCUGGUUCAGUUGUGUCUCCACCCCGUCCCGGUCUCUUCCUUUCCUGAUUUAGGACCAUUUGUGGCCUUACUGCCCUAAUCACAUGUGCAUUCCUGCUCUCCCUGGCUUUGUGGGUGAUCCGUGGUUUCUCUGUCUGCAGCUUGGCUCUGGCAGAUUUCCCUCUUUAAGAGUUGGCUGUGGAACCCCAGAAACGAGUGUGGUCUGUGGUCGCAAGGCACAAUGGCUGCAAAAGUGGCUCCUAUGCCCCCCAAAUCAAAGCAGUCCUUUAUAUUGCAAGUUCCUACCAACUCCAAGCUGGGCCAAGACCUCCAUCGAGAUACCACGAGUGGGCCCAAGAGCAUCCACCAGCUAGUGCUGGAGCACUUCCUUACCUUCUUGCCCAAGCCAAGUGUGGCCCAGCCCAGUCAGAAAGCUGUGGAGACCUUGGUUAUCCUGAAGGAUGUGAGCGCAAGCCUUCAGAGAAGAGUGCGUUCUCGACCCUUAGUGAAGCUUCUGCCCAGAGGAGUCGCACAGAAACAAGAGACUCUGUCUCUGUGUUUGAAAGCUGACCCGGAGGAACUGGUACUCUUUGAGGAUUUGAAUAUAUUUCACUCCCAAGAAGAAUGUGUAAGCCUGGAUCCUGCUCAGCACUCCACGUCAGAGAAGGAAGAGAAUAGUAAUGUUGGGGAGAUGGUGUUACUAGCAGUGGAUGACAGUAGCCCUGAAGGUGAAGAUCUUCAGAAGGAACCUGCAGAGAAGCAGCAGUGUGGAGAAGAGUCUGGGGAUUAUGAUGAAAUAGAUUGUUCUUUCGUCUCUAAGCAACCUCUAGAUUGCUGUGAGGAAAGAACACUAAAUACAUUCAUUCCACAGAGAAGGAAAGUGAGAAAUCUUUUAGUUACUAUUGAGAAUGAUACUCCACCAGAAGAACUCUCAAAAUAUGUGGAUGUCAGUAUUACUGCCCUGACUCAAAACCGCAAAACAAGGAGAUGGUACACCUGUCCGCUGUGUGGGAGACAGUUUAAUGAAAGUUCCUACCUUAUUUCCCAUCGGAGGACUCACACUGGAGAAAAACCUUAUGACUGUAGCCACUGUGGGAAGAGCUUCAAUCAUAAAACAAACCUCAAUAAACACGAGCGAAUCCACACAGGGGAAAAACCGUAUUCCUGUUCUCAGUGUGGGAAAAACUUUCGUCAGAAUUCUCAUCGGAGUCGCCAUGAGGGAAUCCACAUAAGGGAGAAGAUACUUAAGUGUCCAGAGUGCAGGAAAACCUUCCCCAAGAAUGAAGAAUUGCUGCUUCAUCUACAGAGUCACAAGGCUCAGAAGCCAUAUGGUCGCAAAAAAUGUGGGAGAAGAUUCAGUCGGCUGUCAAACUGUACCCGACAUGAGAGAACCUCCCCCACAUGCAAGGCCAGGAAGCAGAAAUGAGAUCAAGAACGGGCCGACUGUUCCACCUGAGCCUGACAAGCAUAAGCAGUUCUGGAUUCGCCAGCUGCCAAAAUGCGAUACCGAUACUGGAAAGCCUCAUUGUAGCCAAAAUUGGAUAAAUCCCCAUCUUGGCUAAACUUCAGAUUGUUGGGGAAUUCGCAGGGAAGGAAACAUCCUCAAGGGCUGUACCUCAGCAUCAAGGCUUUGGGCUAAGCUUUCUUUCAUGAAAUUGUGCACAUUGCAUUGAUUACAGAUCCCCCUCCCAAGAAAGACUUCAAAUGUUUCUCAAGGCUGCUAAGCUGUGUGUGAACAGAGUAACCUGUGUCUGUUCGAAGUAUUGCCAGUCUUUUGUCACGGGGGAAUUCACACAAAAAGAGAAUGCAGAGGUCCUUGUCUGGAACUGUAUUCCCCUGAAAGAACAAAACUACUGAUUUGUAAGCUAGCAGCUUUUAGUAAUGAUUCAUACAACCUCAGAACACCCUGUGAAGGCUUGGGUAUUGAAAGGAGUUGUUUACUUAGAAUAUCAGAAAACUACGGCAGUUCAGUGUCAGAGGUCUCGUGUGUAUGUAGUCUAAACUUAACAUUUGCAGUUUGUGGUGAAAACUAUUUUACAGAAAUGCUUUCAUAACAUAA